AUGAGUUCCUAUUUUGUGAAUCCCACUUUUCCCGGGAGCCUGCCCAGCGGCCAGGACUCCUUCUUGGGCCAGCUGCCCCUCUACCAGGCCGGCUAUGACGCGCUGAGGCCCUUCCCGGCCUCUUACGGGGCGUCGAGCCUCCCGGACAAGACGUACACCUCACCUUGUUUCUACCAACAGUCCAACUCGGUCCUGGCCUGCAACCGAGCGUCCUACGAGUACGGGGCCUCGUGUUUCUAUUCUGAUAAGGACCUCAGUGGCGCCUCGCCCUCGGGCAGUGGCAAGCAGAGGGGCCCUGGGGACUACCUGCACUUUUCUCCCGAGCAGCAGUACAAACCCGACAGCAGCAGCGUGCAGGGCAAAGCCCUCCAUGACGAAGGCACCGACCGGAAGUACACGAGCCCUGUUUACCCUUGGAUGCAGCGGAUGAACUCCUGCGCGGGUGCUGCGUACGGGAGCCACGGGCGCCGAGGCCGGCAGACCUACACGCGCUACCAGACCCUGGAGCUGGAGAAGGAGUUCCACUUCAACCGCUACCUGACGCGGCGCCGCCGCAUCGAGAUCGCCCACGCGCUCUGCCUCACCGAGCGCCAGAUCAAGAUCUGGUUCCAGAACCGCCGCAUGAAGUGGAAGAAAGAGAAUAAACUCAUCAAUUCCACGCAGCCCAGCGGGGAGGACUCUGAGGCAAAGGCGGGCGAGUAG